AUUUGGUUCUCCUGAGUAGACAAAUGUGUAUCGAAUUUCAAAACCUCCUUUCCAACCCUAACUUUUUCUGAAGCUUCUCUCUUUAUCUCUUUCUCCUUUUAUCAACUUUUUCUUUGUUUUUCUUCUCUUCUUAUCUUAAGCAGUCUUGUUCCGGUUCAUGGAUAUUGAACCCUUGUGGGCUCUUGGGGGGUGGUUUCUUCUUCAAAUUUGCAUGGCAGCACCUAAAACAUCAUCACCAUCAUCACCGCCAACACCAACUUCCUCGCCUUCGAUCUUCGAAAUCCAAUCGAAAUCUCAUCAUACUUUUCUUCUUUUACUAACCCUAGUCUUCAUUUUCCUUCUUCUCCUCGCUACUACUACUACUACUACAACUACAAGUUCUUCCACUACAUCGAAUUUUCAGUACUCAACAUCCAUGGCUUCCAUUUCCUCAAGGAGAAGGCUUCUCUUGGAUUCGCCAUCCACCACAAAUUUUCAUCCAAAGAAAGCUGAACCGGCUCGAAAAUCGACCCCUUCUUCGAGUUCUUCGAAAAGAAGCAGAGAAUUUGGAGAAGAAGCUCAUGAAGUUCCUAGUGGUCCAAAUCCCAUAUCCAACUAGCUAGGUAUAGCCAAUUAUUAUAUAUCAAGAUGAUGAACAUGGAAGCUGCUUGUAACGGCAAAAUUUAAUAUGUUUUGUCAUCUUUUGUGGGGUACUAUUGUUUUUGAGACACUUCGCCAUUAAUACUCCUUUGUCUUCUGCCAGAGGUUUGUUGCCUUAAUUAAUGGUUAUCGUCAUUACUAUUUUUUUUUUUUUUUUGAAUUUUAUGUUUUGUUUUUUUUUUCGUUUUAAGCUAGAAAUGUAUAGCAAGAGACACUAUUUUUCCAUAUUUAUGUAUCCAUUAUUAUCUAUUUGUUUA